CUAAAAAUGGCAAAUGCAUUAGCAAAUGACGCUUUGAUUUAAUAACAAAUUGAUUAAUAAGUAAUUUAAAAUCCAAACCUAUCAUUUGCUUAAAAGAAGUCAUUAAGAAAAUCAAUUUUAAAAGCUAGUGUAGCAAAUGCUCCAAAGAAUAGUUCAUUUUAAACUAUAUUAAGUGUUAGCAACACAAUGGUUGGAUCAUCAUUAUUAGUAAUACCAGUGUUAUUUUAAUAAUCAGGAAUUUUGAGCGCAUUAAUUGUUGCAUUAGUAUUUUGUUUAAUAUCGUGUAAAACUUGCUAAUUAUAAAUGGUUCAUAAUAAACCUGAAGAAUUAGAUUUACCUCAAACUAUAGUGAGAAUACUUGGUUAGAAGUAUAACUUAAUUUUUAAUAUUACAAAUAUCAUAAUUUUAUACUUUGCUGGUGUUGUCUAUUUUAUCUUAAUAUGCAAUAUGUUAUACUCAUUAGUAUAGUUAAUAUGUAGAUAAUGGGAUAUGGAUUAUGCUCCAAAAACCGAUUUUGUAUUGAGUAAAUUAUCAUAUUAAUGGUGUGGAAUUGUAUACAUGUGUUUAUUAUAUUUGAUUAUGUUAUAGAAGAAUCUGUCUCUGAUAAUAAAACUGGUUCAAUAUGGAAUAAUAUCAAUUAUAGCUUUAAUUUUAUACAUAAUAACUAAAGGAGGUAUUAAUAUGGCAGAGAUUGUGAAUGCCAAUUUAUUCACAUUAGAUGUUGUAACAUUAUGUGGUGUAUUUUCAGUGGCAUUUAUGGUACAUUCUUGUAUAGUUCCAAUAAUGAAAAAUAAUUUGAUGUAACAAAAUAAUUUGAGGGAUAUAGCUAUUAGUUUUGGAUGGACUUGGAUAAUUUAUGCUUUAGUAGGUGUUUUUGGAGCAAUUGCUAUAUAAGGAAAGUCAGUAAAUCCUUCAGGUGAUGGAUCUACUGUUUUAGAUUACUUAGAGUAGAAUGCAUUUUCUUAUGGGAUCUAAGUAUUGCAAUUACUUUAAUUAACAACAGUAUUUCCAUUAUUAGCAUUUAUUACAAGAUCUCAAUUUUUUGCCUUAAUAUAUAAAUUGGAACAACCUCCUCAAAAAUGGUUUGUUAUUUAUACAUCAACAGUAGCUUUAAGUACUUUGUUAUUUUAGUGUCUCAAUAUUAGUGUAUCAUUGAUUUUGAGUUUGUCAGGAGCUGUGAUUGGAUUUUUCCAGAUAUACUUAAUUCCAAUCCAACUGCACAUGACCUGUCUUUAUGCUAAAAAGAAGGUUAAUGACAACAAAGCUGGAUUAAUAAAUGAUACUAUGGAAUACAUAGAGAAUCCAGAUGAAUCAAUAUUUGAUGAAUAAGAUUUUAAAUGCAUAGAUCAUUCCACUCUUAAGAAAAGAUUUAAUAAACAAACUAGAUUCAUUAUUUAUUAUAUGAUUAUGUUGAUCGGAGCAAUGAUGGGAUUUUUAAAUAUAAUAGCUCCAUUCUUCAAAUGA